CGAGUUGCAGUUACAGAGCAGAAGAAGUGCAGAACACAACACAAGCUAGAGAAAAAGUUGAGACCACGUCGUCUUCCACGCCAACGAGCAUACCAUGGCGGCCACCCACCCACGACCAGGCGCCAACCCCACCACCUACACCAUCUCCCGCAUCCAUUAACUGACCCAUCCCUAGCUUCUCUCCGGUAAUCUCGCUGAGACCAGAAAAGCUUGCACGCCACUACACCAACGUACUCUUCUUCUUGCACGAAGACACGACGGCGGCAGCCGGAAAUCAGAAGCUACGAGGCGCGCCGCGAUCUUGCGACGAUGAUGGUGAUGGGCUACUUCCGGGCGCCCAAGAAGGUACGUGGUGGGAGGAAGAAGAAGAAGGACGCGGCGGCGCAAGAGGAGGCCGCGGGGCUACGGGUGGCGCUGCUGGACCAGCCGGGCGGCGGCGGCGAGAGUGCGCUGCCGAAGGGGUACUUUGCCGUGUACGUCGGGGAGGAGGCGCGGCGGUUCGUGGUGCCCACGGGGUAUCUCCGGGAGCCGGCGUUCCGGGACCUCAUGGAGCGCGCCGCCGACGAGUUCGGCUUCGCGCAGGCCGCCGGGCUACACGUGCCCUGCGCCGAGGAGGACUUCGAAGAGCUGCUCCGCCAGCUCGGCCGCAAGAACGGCGGCUCCGGCAGCGGCAGGGGGAAGAAGGCCAUUUAGGUAGCUAGCACUUGCACGUCCUAUCAUAGCAGCAGCACCCCGGGCCGUGCCCUACGUACUUAGAUUGAUGA